UUCUUUAUAUUAUAUUAUAUUAUAUUAUAUUAUAUUAUUCAUUGAUGCCUAUAUAACCAUAUGUUAUCCUUGAUUCCUUUCUCUCCUCAUCUGUAUGCCAUUUUCAAGCUUUCAUCAUGGUGGACUCCUCAGCUUCAUACAUCCGAAUGGUGCAACAUCUGAUAGAGAGGUGUCUAUUGUUCAACAUGAGCAAAGAGGAAAGUGUUGAAGCCAUAUCUCAGCAUGCCAACAUAAAUCCUAUCAUCACUUCCACAGUUUGGAAGGAAUUGGAAAAGGAGAACAAGGAGUUCUUUGAAGGAUACACACGUGCGAGGGAGGAAAGUCUUGCUGAGACCAACAACACAAGUCCUGUUUAAAACAAGCAUAUGUUACUGUAGUGGCAGAAGAAGAAUUCUGUAAUAAAGUUUGUGAUGCAUAUCAUCUAUGAAUUGAUCCAUUGGUAUGAUGCUAGCUAGAAGAGGUGAUGGUGUUGCUAGUUCAAGUGAAAAGAUGGGCACCCUUUGUGUUGCCCCCCCUCCACCCCUUCAAUCAUGUAUAUAAUGCCAAACAUUCUUUGGAUUGCCUUUAUAUUGUCUAUCACAGUGAUUGAUAUAAAGUUUGUAUCUGUGUGCAUUGGGUGUGUGUGCAUGGGAACAAUGCAUGGGAAAACCAAGAUUCUAUGGAAAUAAAAAAUGCAUGGUCCAUCGGCUGGGCCCAUA